AUGACCCGUAGAGACGAACUGGCUAGCCAGCAUGAACCAUUUGGAGACGCAUACUACUUCGGCCCAGAAUGCGUCAGUGAGCGCUUCAAGGACGACCCUGCUCGCCGCGAAGAAAGUGGUGUAUCGGAUGCCACGUUCAAGAGCGUACUAGAAGGAUUUGACGAGGUGGCAAGACAGGUUCGCUUUCUCUCAUGUGCAAAUCUGUGUUCUUCCGCCGGUGUUUCUGAUUUUAUUGUUGUGGGUGGCGGAGCCUGA